CCAUGUCCCACAUCCCCGUUUUCCCCUGUCCCCAUGUCCCCAUGUCCCCGUGUCCCCCCCAGAUCUUCGAGGUGACGGUGGAGAACGCCCGGACGCUGCUGCAGAUCGACAACGCCCGGCUGGCGGCCGACGACUUCCGGGUCAAGUACGAGGCGGAGCUGGCCAUUCGCCUCUCGGUGGAGAACGACAUCACGGGGCUGCGCAAGGUCAUCGAUGACACCAACAUGGCGCGGAUGCAGCUGGAGGGGGAGAUCGAGUCCCUCAAGGAGGAGCUCAUCUUCAUGAAGAAGAACCACGAGGAGGAGGUGAAGAGCCUCCAAGCCCAGGUCUCGGACUCGGCGUUGACGGUGGAGGUGGACGCCCCCAAGUCACAGGACCUGGGCAAGAUCAUGGCGGAGAUCAGGGCCCAGUACGACGCCCUGGCCCAGAAGAACCUGGAGGACCUGGAGAAGCAAUGGGGGCGUCAGAUCACUGAGAGCACCAUCGAGAUCACGCAGAGCAGCAAGGACAUCGACACAGCCCGCAGCACCGUGGUGGACCUCCGUCGCACCGUCCAGACCCUGGAGAUCGACCUGGAGUCCCUCCGCAACCAGAAAGCGGGCUUGGAGGCCAACCUGCUGGAGGUGGAGAACCGCUAUGGCCUUCAGAUGGAGCACCUCAACGGCAUGGUCCUGAGGACCGAGGCGGAGCUGGUGCAGGUGCGCAACGAGCUGCAGCGUCAGGCCGAGGAGUACCAGGCCCUGCUCAACAUCAAGGGCAAGCUGGAGGCCGAGAUCGCGACCUACCGCCAGCUGCUGGAGGGAGGAGAGGAGUUCAGGUAGAAAAGAUGGGGUCCCACCAGGGGAU